UUCCUGAACUAAUAACUCUGUGAACUGAGACAGGUGCUGCGUCCUCUGAUAUGAUGCAGGAGGAUAUAUAAAUUCAAACGAUCCACCUAUCUCAAUCAUAACCACUCUGACUGCAGCAGAAUGAUCGUCACUCUGUAUCUCUCAGCACUGCUGAGCUCCACAGUUGCCUGGGGGGGAGUGAGGAGCAUGUGGAGUGAAGGGAAUCCAAGGAAUGAGUCCGGAGGUGGAGGUGGUGAAAGGUGCUCCUGUGACGCCUUCCUGCCUGGUUCAACUUUUCCUGUAGGUGAUCUGGUGGUGAUAGAGCAGACCGCAGUGGAGAUCUCACGUGAACUGGAGCUGGAAAUGGGCAAGCUGGGGGAAUAUGAAAUCAAGGUGACAGAAUAUGCAGAAAAGAUCCUAAAAGUGACAGCAGAAAUUGAAAAAAUGGAGGAGAAUCCUGAUGGCUACAGUGAAAGUGAACGGAAUGAGAUAAAGAUUGAGAUUAAACAAGUGGAGGCCUUGAUUAUAGACCUGCAGCUCUCCAUCAACGGCUCCACUGCUGUCCUUAAAUCCCUGCGUGUACAGAUUACAGUCAUGGUGGAGACCCUGAACAGGCUGGAAAAGACCUACGACAAGAAUUUAAUUCUGGUGACACGCCGAGAAUACCUUAAGGUGCAGCUGCAACUAGAGGAGUGUGAGAGACGCCACCAGGAGCUUUUCUACCCCAACAUUGGUUCAUGUGCACACACUGGUAUCACCAAGCUCAGCAAACCCAUAGUAAGCCAACUGAAUGCCCAUCUAAACGCUGGCUACAAAUUUGGUGGAUGGGGGAAAGAUUCAAAACCUAUUCCAGACAGAGAGUCCAUGUACUGGUACUCUGGGUAUACAGGUGCCUCCAUUAUUGACAUCAGGUUCUACACUAACUACAAGAACCUCAUUUUAAGAAACCACUUUCAGCAUCACAACUUACAAACCAGUUGGCGUGGCACAGGAACCAAUUUUAUCUUCCGUGACAAUACUCUGUAUUAUCAGAUCAACAACCCGUUUGGGUUAGCUAAACUGAAUUUCACCACAAUGGCAUAUGAGUCCAGGGUGAUCCCCAAGGCUAGUUCAGGCUUCUCUUAUGCUUACUUCUCCAAUCAGAACUUUGACUUUGCUGCCGAUGAGACCGGGCUGUGGGUGACCUAUUCCACACAGCAGUCUGCCGGUCGGAUGGUCAUUGCUAAAAUAGAUGAGGCGUCUUUUGGGAUAGAGGAGGAAAUGGAGACUAGUAUCUACAAGCCGGGUGUGAGCAAUGCCUUCAUGGUUUGUGGCACUUUGUAUGCAGUCAGGACAAUCGAUACCAUCACUGAAGAGAUAUUUUACAAGUAUGACACUAAAACCAAAGAGGAAACUUACAUCAGUAUUCCCUUUGAGAGGUUCCAGGAGAAGUACUCCAACCUGCACUACAAUCCCACUGACCAGAAGCUCUACAUGUACAAUGAUGGCUACUAUGUCCAGUACCACCUGUGGUUUAACCACACAGCUGCGGCUACGGCCACCACGCCGCCACAAGUUCUUUUAACCUAAAUUGAAGAUCUGAUAUUUUCUGAAGUAUCACAUCAUAAGAAUGAACCAACUAUUGUCUCAUCUUGUCGAGUAAUGAGCUCCUAAUCCUUCUUGAUUGUUAAUAAAUGAUUU